AUGGCCCAGCUUCCUGUCGCCCUCUACGGGCUCGAGGUCCCCGCCGGCGAGAUCCUCAUCCCCGCCAACCCCGACUUCCCUGCCACUUUCCGCAUCACCAUGGCCGCCAUUGAUCCCUCUGAGGCUCCUGAGGCCGAUGCUGAUGGCAACAUCCCCGCUGUCCCCCGCUCCACCCUUCGCCUCGUCAAGCAGCGCUUCGGUGACGACCUCGAGGCCGGCGAGGAUGACGAGAUCGAUGAGGACUACCUCCAGUCCCUCAUUGACGCCAACGGCGACGACGACGAGUCGUCCGAUGACGAUGAUGAGCCCAACGGAGGCCCCAGCGACCCCUCCAAGUCCAAGAAGCAGAAGCAGGCUGAGGCCCUUAAGAAGCUGAUCGAGGCCGUCGGCGAGGAGGAGUCUGACGAGGACAUGGACGAUGCCAAGCCCAACGGAAAGUCCAGCAAGAAGGGCAAGGGCAAGGCUUCUGACGAUGAUGAGGAGGAUGACGAGGAGAGCGAUGACGACGAGGAGGGCCUUGACCUCGAGAACUUUGUCAUCUGCACUCUCGACACCGAGCGCAACUACCAGCAGCCCCUUGACAUCACCGUCCAGGAGGGGGAGAAGGUCUUCUUUGUCGUUUCCGGUACCCACACUGUCCACCUCACUGGUAACUACGUUAUCGACGAUGAGGAGGAGGAGGGAUCCGACGAGGAUGAGGAUGACGACGAGUACGACCUGUCCCCCGAUGAGCUCGAGUACGGCAUGCCCGAUGAAGACAGCGACGAGCUUGACGACACCGAUGACCCGCGCGUCAUGGAGGUCGACACCGACGAGGAGGAGGCCCCCAAGCUGGUUGAGACUAGCAAGAAGGGCAAGAAGCGCGCUGCCGAGAGCCUCGACGACCUGAUCAAGGCCGACGAUGAGACCAAGACCUCCAAGAAGGACAAGAAGAAGCUCAAGAACAACAAGGGUGAGGCCGUCGCCGCCGAGGAGAAGACCACCCCCAAGUCCGACAAGAAGGUUCAGUUCGCCAAGAACCUCGAGCAGGGCCCUACCGGCUCCGCUGAGAAGGCCAAGCAGGCUGGCAAGCCCGCUGGUGGCGUCAAGGUCGUCCAGGGAGUCACCAUUGACGACCGCAAGCCUGGUACUGGCCGUGCUGUCAAGAACGGGGACAACGUCAGUGUCCGCUACAUUGGCAAGCUCGACGACGGCAAGGUCUUCGAUGCCAACAAGAAGGGCAAGCCUUUCACCUUCAAGGCUGGCAAGGGCCAGGUCAUCAAGGGUUGGGACAUUGGUGUCAUCGGCAUGGCCAUCGGUGGUGAGCGUCGUCUUACCAUCCCCGCCAACCUUGCCUACGGCAACAAGAGCCUGCCCGGCAUCCCUGCCAAGAGCACCCUGACCUUCGACGUUAAGCUCCUUGAGAUCAAGUAA